GCUAUUGGUCUCACCAGCGGAGCAAAAUGCCAGAAUGGAAUUCACAACUGGGCACUCUUCUCUUUCUCUGCCUGCUCUUCCGGGGUGCCCUGAGUGCCUGCACAAUGAGCAUCACCGAGGAGUGCCGCAAUGCCGGUUUUGUGCCGGGGGCGCGGCUGGCAGGGCAGGGCUAUGACGUGGUGACCCUGCAGCCCAAGGGGGCCUUCGUCAUCGACGUGAACACCUGGCGCAUGGCCAACGGGAGCUGCAUCCUUUGUGAUAAUGAGCUGCUCAAUGACGUGCGCCAACGGCUGCCCAUUUCGCUGGUGGACUGGCGCACCCUGAGCUCCUGCCGGCGCUCGCUCUCCAGCUGGCUUUACCAAUCGGCGGCCAAGCUGGCAGAGUCCGCCAUCUCCUCCAUCACCAACAACUGGCAUGCGGACCUCUCUGUGCAAAAGCCCAAAGUCGGUGUCAAUGUGGUGCUGGCUGGAUCCCAUUCCAAGAUGGUGGAGUUUGGCACCACCCGCUCCAAGGGCGAUCUCUACAGUUUCGCCAUUCACCAGUUCCAAUGUCUCCACUACCAGUAUCGGGUGAAGGACCAGCCACUGCUGGCUCCUGAUUUCCAACGCUCUCUCUCCAGGCUCCCAGCCAGCACGAUCGGUAAUGACAAGUACCAUUACCAGAAGCUGGUGGCCACCUACGGUACCCACUACCUCACGGCGGUGGAGCUGGGCGGGCGAUACAAGGACGUGACAGCUAUUCGGACGUGCGAGGUGGUGACCGAGGGCUAUACCACCGAGGAGGUGAAGGACUGCCUGUCGGUGGAGGCUGGUGUCACAGUGGGCCUGAUUGCCAAAUCCUCGGUGGGCUACAAGCGAUGCCAGGAGAAGGCGCGCUCCAUGAAGCACCACGAUAGCUUCCACCAGGCCUUCAGCGACCGGGAGACGUGGGUGACGGGGGGCCGGGCUCACCAGGAGGUCGACCUCUUCUUCUCCGGGGACGGUUCGGCCUUCGGCCGCUGGACGGUGAGCCUGCUCACCCGCCCGGGCCUUGUGCGCUACGCCCUGGCGCCGCUCCACCACCUGCUGCCCUCUGGCGACCCCAGACAGAAGACCCUGCAGUGCUACAUCAGCGACUACAUCACGGGCAACGCCCUCAGCCAGAAAUGCGGGGCGGGCCAUCGGUGCCCUCACGGGUCCUACCCCGACCCGCGCCAACGCUGCUCCUGCCUGUGCCGUGCGGACAGCCUUGUGGACCGGAACUGCUGCUCCAAGGAGAAGGGGCUCGGCCGCCUGGUGGUCACCGUCAAGGAGGGCCGGGACCUCUGGGGUGAUAUCUUCUCGGGCACCGACGGCUACGUGGUCGUCAGGUACGGCCAGACGCAGGCCAGGACCUUCACCGUCUCAAACAACAACAACCCCACGUGGGACACCAAGCUGGACCUGGGCGAGGUCAAGGCCGAGAGCGGGCACAGGCUGACCCUUGAGGUCUGGGACCAGGACGUCAUCAAAAGUGAUGACCUCCUGGGCAAGUGCCAGGUCAGACUGAUCUCCGGCACCCAUGGCAAGUUCUGCUACCUCAACUACGGCAAGGUGACCUACAACUACACCUUCACCUGCGGCCCCCACCUGGGUGGUGCCACCUGCCAUGAUUACAUGCCCAGCCCUGGCAGUGUGCCCUUCACCACUGCCCUGGGUGCAACCAACUGCACCCUCCUUCUCAACCCACACUCCCCCAACACCUGCUCCAAAGUGCCAUUAUCCAUGGUCUACUUCCCCUGACCUUUACCUCCGACAGUGUCUUUCCCGGACUGUAUGCUCGCUAUCCCCAUUGCAGCAUUGUAAGCGCCGUCUAUGCCAUUACAUCGAAACGCUUUGAAGGCUUUUUCUGACCGUGCAAGCAGCUCAGUGCAUCUUUAUAAUCUUACACUUUCUCAAUAAAUCUAACUGUGCAUUUA